CCGUGUAUAUGGCGUAAUCAAGAACGAGGGGAGGAAGGAAGCCUUACUUUCGAUACGUGCAACCUAUCCACACAUAUCGACUGUCCGUCCCCAAUUCCAUUCACCCGUCCACCCGCCCACCCGCCCACUCGUCCAGUUCUUGCAAUGGGUCAUUUGCGAUCACUGUGUCACAUGUCUCAUCAGCCCUCUUCCUUCUGCCACGCUUCCUGUCGCCUUCUGUCACCUCUCCCGCUCCCAUGCUCAACGCCGGCGCCUCUGGUGAAGGCGCCGAUGGAGAACUUACCAUUGAGUCACUUGACCCACUCUGGUCGUUAUCCGCACCUUGCUCGCCAACCCGGGGCCGUCUCCUCUUCGGUGCGCCUCCAUUCGGAUAUCGGGGCUCGGGGGAGGCAUUGAGGAUGUUGUCCAAGGCAUACGGGUCCGCAACACCAGCAACAGUGGUGCUGUGAGGGCCCGGGAUCGAGGAGGCUGAGGUGACGAUAGACAAUCAAAUGGCAGUGUAUCAGAGCAUACCGGAUGCUCUGGUUUUUUCGCACCUGGCUCCUCUCGUUGGCGUCUCGGAGGGCGAGCGGCGACUGGGCCAGGGACUGGCAAAGAGUAAAUUGCUUGAUGCGAUGGUGGAAAGUCAGCAGCUGACUGCGACAAUGCAGGUAGGCCGUUCACGGCUGCUGCGAUGGCAGGCUGAGGCUCACAGACGGGGGGCUUUUUGCUGGCGUCGGGCUCGAGAGAGAGCAGAUCGGCUAGCGAGGGGUCAACAGCGCCUUCCCUUGCGGCCUGGGCUAUCCCUGGACACGACACGUGAAUAUACGACACCUGCAAUUCUUUGUAUCUGCCCUGUUCUCAUACCUGGCCUGAAUGGGACAAAUCGCGGCUGGGAGGGCUGGGAGGGGGCAGGCUGCCCCACAAAUGGGACCGCCUCCAUUGCCGUGGGUGCGGCGUCCUCGGGCGAUGGCUGCUCGCUCUCAUCGUGUGUCGGGUCCCUGGUGUCUGCCAUUCGCUUCUGAAACAGCCCACACAUCCAGUUCGUCAUUCCAGCCGGUAGGUAGCCCGACUCAUCUUCCCACCUCUGCUUCUUCUGCUUCUUCUGCUUCCUGUGUGCGUCCCUCCACUUCGUCCUCAAUAUCUUCCUGCGGCAUUUCAUCCUUGUGCUUGGCCUCUCCUUCCUGCCAAUGGUAAGAAAUCGAGCGGGACGUGGCUUAGCUGCGUCGCUGCUGCGUUGUGCUCCAUGUGCUCACGAAGGCUGGCAGUGGUUGCACUUGCGCAGGUACUUCGAGUGCGGCAGGCUCUUCGGGUGGUGGCGUCACUGGAAUGGGCGGCUGCGCAAUGGGCUCCUCUAGCGCUUCGUCAGCAUCAUCAUGAUGGCCGAGUGUGCUCGAGGGGGGCACGCCUGAGGGAUCCAGCGUCUGCAUGGGCAGCUCGUCAACCGCGGUUUGUCGACUGUUUUGGGGCAGAGGGACAGGAGGGGCACUUCGCGGAGCCUCCUGCUCGCUGACUGUAGACGCUUUCUUCUUGACGGCUUUGCCACUUGCUCGCCUUCCGGCACGACCUCCUGCUCGAGCGGGCUUGGGGCUCUCCUUUCUGCUGACAGCCUUCGCUGGCGGCUUCUUGGGCAUUUCCUUCGGGCGUUUCUGAACCGAACGAGGGGGGCUUGGCGGUGGAGAGACACCAGACGGGAGAAGACUGAUUUAAGUGAUGGACAGACAUGCAGACAUGCAGAGGAACGUGCGUGGGCUCAUACUGUGAGGGCAGGAUGGCUUUGACGUCCAUCGGCAGGCUCUCAUAGGCCGCAUGCACAUGGGCGUCGAGCCGGCUUGCUUCGCUUGUGCGCGUCUCGAUUUUCUUCUUCAGGUCGGCUAGCUGCAAGCAAGCAAGCAAGAAGCCAUGUGUCUGUGAAGGGGCCUCAGUGGACUGCAGCUCAUGAAGGUACCUACCUGCUCCUGCAUCCGUUUGCCCGAUUGCCUGAGCUCCUUCAGGUUGUGUGCGUGCUCCUGCUGCAGCCGCUCCCUCAACCCGAACUCCUACGCAUUCAAGUGAGAGCAAUGAGCAAUUCGUCCAGCCAGCAGACAGACUUAUCUAUCCGUAGGUGCGUGAGUGCAUACAUACAUAGUCGAUCUCCCUUCUCAGUCUGGCCGCACUCUUGGCCGACUCUUCCCUCUUCUUGACCUCUUUGGCAGAUAGUGAUCGCCCGGCCGGCACGGUAUCGCCUUCGGGCACGUGAAUGCCCCGCUGACGGAGAAGACCGAGACACUCCCCUAUUCGCGCCUGGAGGCUGGAUAUGUGCUCCUGGUGCCUGGAAAGACAGACAGACAGACAGACAGGCAGGCAGAGACAUGCGUUGCAGCAGAGCAAAGAGGUGCAGCCUGUUUGGUUCCCUUCCUGCCUGCCUGCCUGCCUGCCUUUGCGAGCUCUCUGUGUCUCUGAGUAUCGCCUGCUUCAGACGCAACGUUCUCUCCAUCCAGUGCUGCACCUGUGGCCCAACAGCAGAGCAGCUGAGCGACGGUUUACUUAUAAGUCCCUGUCUGGUGUCUUAUUACCUACCUCGGUGGUCAGGGCUUCCAAAGCUUUGGUCAGCUUGAUCUCGGCGCGGUCGUUCCUGUUCAGGACCUCCAGUUGGCGGCCCUUGCGCUUGUUCUCCGCCUGCAUCUCCCGAUUCACCUGCGAAAGAGCCGCAACCCUCUCGUCAAGCUGCAAGCCCAUACACAUGCAACUUGUACACAUGGCAUGUAGUGUCUCAUACAUAUCGUCUGACUGGAAUGGCUGUCGGCCGGCUGACUUACUUACCUCUUUGAUUCUGCCCUUGAGCCUGACAGCUAAAGCUGGGUCUGAAGCCUUGUUGAGGAGACGCUGGAGAUGGACCAGCUGGAACGAAACCGGGGAAAGAGCAUUCAUUGUUUGCGUUUGCAUGCGGUCUUUCCUGCCAUCCGUACUGUACCUCUCUUUUGCUGUUUUCCAGCUGCUUUUGAGUGUUUUGGGUAUCCUCAUCUCUGACCUGUACCCGGGAGCGAGGCUGCCGACCUGCAAAUAGACACAGCAGUCAGUGACAUGCAUGACUGCGCUAUAGCUGUGUGACAGAUACACAUUCUGCGCACCUCCCUGGCUGCCCAUCUUCGUGGUAUACGCCGUUUCAAGCAUCGUCAUUGAUGCAUCCAUGUCUCGGAGGAAGGAACGCACCAGCUGGUUCUCACUCUGGAUGGCUUGCAUGUCUUCGGGACGGUUCUGCAGUGACAUCACACAAAAACAUGCAGUGAUGGCUUGCAGCAUUCGGACAAGCUUUGAGCUUCUCUCUCACCGGGUGUAACCUCAGGAAUUUCCCGGCAUCUCUCACGUGUCUUUUGGCCUUGAGGAGCUCCCUCGACUCGGCCAGCCCCAGCCCCAGGAUCUUCGCUGGCCUUGAUGGCGCCGACAGGGAGUGCGUGUGGUCCUGCUGCCUUUUGGAUGAGAAAUCAGAUACAGUGGAGGGGUCAUCUGGGGCAUCACCCGCAGCAGCGGCUGUCGUCGUUACUGCCUGCAUGAUGUCGGUGUACUCCUCUGUAUAUUCGCUCAGUUCUGUCGUGUGUGGCUCAUCCCAACCGUGACGCUUCAAGCUGUCGCUCUGUCUCAG